ACGCCUGCAAGUCGGGUGAAGUCUCUGAGCGUGUGAGUGUUAAGUCAGUUGAAGAUCAUCGCAGGCAGAGAUCAGUUAGUUCACUGCAGGGAUGUUCAGUUUGCCGAAGGUCCGGUUUAAUGGCCGCAGUUACAAAACGCUCGCUUUAAUAAACUCUCACUACUGCAGCUUUGGAGUGAACAGCAGCCGGAGCUUCAGUACAGGCAGACAUGUGCGGAAAGACUUCAUCCAGGAUCUGGAGAACCAGUUUAAAGCGUUUCGUGAUAAAGCGAAGGCGGCGAUGCCCGGCAGUGACUGGAGCCCGAUCCAGGUGACCCGCGGCCUUCCUCCCGAGCGUGCCGACGUCGUGAUCAUCGGAGGAGGAGUGAUCGGCUGGUCCAUCGCUUACUGGUUGAAGAGGAAACUGAUGUCUCGGGACUCGCUGAGGGUGGUGCUGGUGGAGAAAGAUCCCACUUACAGCCAGGCCUCCACCGUGCUCUCUGCAGGAGGCAUUCGGCAGCAGUUCUCGCUGAAGGAGAACAUCCAGCUCUCUCUGGCCUCCGCUAGCUUCAUGAAGAACAUUAAUGAACAUCUCGGCGUGCUGAACGAGGAUCCCAUCGACCUGCAGUUUAAUCACUCGGGUUAUCUUUUCCUGGCCAAUGAAGCGUGGGCACACAUUAUGGAGGAGAGCUAUGCGAUUCAGAAAGAACUCGGGGCCGAAGUCACGCUGCUAUCACCUGCACAGCUGAAGGAACGGUUUCCCUGUGUAAACACAGAUGGCGUCGCACUGGCCUCUCUUGGACUCGAGAAUGAAGGCUGGUUCGACCCUUGGACCCUCCUGAACGCGUUCAGACGCAAAGCCAUGUCCAUGGGGGUGUAUCAGUGCUUCGGAGAAGUCACAGGAUUUAGAUGCUGGACACAAAAUGCAGAAACCACGGACGGAGACCUCCUGAACAUAAAAAGGAUCAAAUACGUUAACGUGCAGAUGCCGAACAGUUUGGAGUACCAGCCUGUGGAGUGCGCUGUCGUCGUGAACGCGGCCGGUGCCAGUUCGGGGAAAAUCGGCGACAUGCUCGGUAUCGGACACGGCCGGAAAACAAGCGUGGCGGCCAUUCCGGUACCCGUGGAACCCAGAAAACGGUAUGUUUACGUGGUGAAAUGUCCUGAUGGUCCGGGCCUGGAGUGUCCGUUUCUGAUCGACUACUCGGGAGUGUACCUGCGGCGAGAAGGCCUCGGAGGAAAUUACAUCACGGGGAUGUCGCCGGAGGAGAACGAGGAACCGGACUGCAGUAACCUGGAUGUGGACCACGAGUUUUUUCAGGAGAAAAUCUGGCCACAUCUGGCACAUCGAAUUCCUGUUUUUGAGAAUCUGAAGGUGUCAGGAGCAUGGGCGGGGUUUUACGACUACAACUCCUUCGACCAGAACGGCAUCGUAGGCCUGCACCCGCUGGUCAACAACAUGUACUUCGCGACGGGUUUCAGCGGACACGGACUGCAGCAUUCUCCCGCCGUGGGCCGCGCCGUCGCCGAGCUCAUCCUGGACGGACGGUUUAAGACCAUCGACAUGAGCUCCUUCGACUUCAGACGCAUCCUCCGCCAGGAGCCCAUGCUGGAGAAGAACAUCGUGUGAGCACAGUAUGGGAAAAGAGGAGGAACUGUUUCACAGGAACUGUGAAACGUGUGCUGUAAUGAGAUUUUAUAUAU